AUGGCAUCUCGGAAUCCACUAUCUGUGAUACUUGAUCAGAACAAAUUAACUGGACCUAAUUAUUCUGACUGGCUAAGAAAUUUAAAGAUUGUUCUGGCAUCUGAAAAGAUUGCAUAUACAUUGGAUAAGACACCUCCAAAAGAGGCUCCUAUUAAUGCCACCCAUGAUGAGUUGGAAAAGCUUAAAAAAUGGUCGGACCAUAAUCUUCAAGCAAGAUGUUAUAUGCUGGCUUCAAUGUCAAAUGAACUGCAAAGGCGGUUUGAGGAGACUGUGGAUGCUAAAGAUAUACACAUACACCUACAAGAGUUGUAUGGUGCACAGACUCAUUCAGUCAAGCAUGCGACUGUCAAGGAGCUCAUGAUGGAUCGUAUGCGAGAUGGGGCUUCGGUCCAUGAGCAUGGAGUUAAGAUGAUUGGGCUUAUUGAAAAGUUAUUGAGUCUUGACUUGGUUAUUCCACACGAGCUAUCAACAGACAUUAUAUUGUUGUCUCUCCCCUCCCCAUUUGACAAUUUUGUGGUUAACUUCAAUAUGAAUAAGUUAGAGGCUAUCCUUGAAGAGCUAGUCAAUAUGCUUGCAAAUUAUAAAGCAACCAUGAAAAAGGAAAAAUCUAUUUUCCUUGUGGGUUCAUCUUCUGGAUCUAAGAAAGGACCUAAGAAAAAGGGAAAGAAGCGUUCUGCCCCUAUGAAGAAUAUUAAGCCUAAUAAGAAGCCAAGGCCCACAAAGCCUAAUCAAUCAUAUUUGUUUCCACUGCAAUAA